AUGGAGAUUCUAUUUAUAUUAAGCCUGAUCUCGUCCUGCAGCUGUGACCUCUUCAGCAAGGCCACCAGGACCCGGGCCGAUGAGCUGGACGUCAGGAACAGCGUGUUCGACUUCAUCAUCAUCGGCGGAGGCACUGCUGGCUGUAUCCUGGCUAACCGGCUCUCUGCUGUCCAGGAGUGGAAAGUCCUACUACUUGAGGCGGGCGACGAAGAGAACAUAGACUAUGACAUCCCGGGUGUCCCGACCGGAGACUACCGUCCCAUCCUGUGGAACUACCGGACGGAGCGGAACAACUUCUCCUGCCUGUCCCGGCCUGGGGGAAGCUGCGAAGUUAGGACGGGGAAGGUCCUGGGAGGGUCGUCUGUCACCAACGACAUGAAAUACACUAGAGGUCACAAGGUGGACUACGAUGCUUGGCAUAAGGACAUUAUAGGCGCUGUGGACUGGAAAUUCGGGAAUCUGAUGGAGUAUUUUAAAGCUUCGGAAGACAAUGGUGAUUACGAUGUAUUGAUGAACUCUUUCUACCACUCCCGCGGAGGGGAGAUGCGUCUGCAAAGGUUCAAGUACGUCGACAAAUACAUCGAGACUUUCGCCACGGCUUUCGCCGAAAUGGGCCUUAGGACCAUGGACAUAAACACCAACGCUGCUGAAGCCAUCGUCCUCAAUCAGUUCGCCGUCUCCAACAACACAAGGCUCAGUACCAACACAGCCUUCCUCAAAACUGUCAGGCAUAGAAAGAAUCUCAUAGUUAUGACUGGAGCCACGGCUACUAGAAUAGUCGUUGAUAAACAAGAGAAAACUAUAGAAGGAGUAUACUACGAAGUGGAAAAGGGAAAGGAAAGACCGGCAUACGCUAAGAGAGAAAUAAUUUUAACCGCUGGAGCGAUCAAUAAUGUAAAGCUACUACAUCUGUCUGGAAUUGGACCUAAAGCUGAAAUGAAGAGGCUGAAUGUCAGUUCAGUAGUGAAUUUGCCUGUUGGUUUGAAUUAUAGAGAUCAAGUCACAACCGGGGGACUAUCUUUUGCCUUAAGUGAUGUCGCACCUGUCAGUGAUAAUGACAUUAUUAAUGAUUUCAAGAAAUGGUUCGCUAGUAGAAGCGGUGCUUUAGCUUCCAGAGGAAUAAAUCAGCUGUCAGCGUUUAUACAGUUAUAUGAAAAUGAAAAUGCGCCAGAUGUAGAGCUAAGUUUAGAAGGAAAUUUUAUAAGAAGCGAUAAAUUCCUGCUAAACAAUGUCAGUGUACAUGCAGCAGAAGAAACUCAAUUGCCAUUGGCUUAUUAUAAUCUAGUUAAUGUUUAUCCCAUUUUACUUAAGCCAAAGAGUAAAGGAAAGGUUACGCUUAAUAAGAGGAAUCCUAAAUACGGUCGGCCCAUUAUACAAGCUAACUUAUUAAAAGAGACCGAAGAUUUAGAUACAUUAAUAGAUAGCGUAGAUAUAGCUUUACAAAUACUUGAUACUAAAGAAAUGAAAAAGAAUGAGGUUAAAUUUGCGCCGUUAGAUUUGUUCCCAUGCGAUCGAUUAAAGAAUAGAGAACAGUGGAAUUGUAUCGCGAGACAUUAUACCAAAGCUUUAGGUAAUCCCAUAGGAACAUGCAUAAUGGGUGAAAAUAGCACAACUUCUGUAGUUGAUUUUCAAUUAAGAGUACACGGUAUAGAAGGCCUUAGGAUUGUAGAUGCCUCUGUUAUGCCAACACACGUUCGAGGUAGUUUAUUUGCACCAACAAUGAUGAUCGCAGAGAAGGCUUCCAAGAUGCUACUCAAAGACUGGAAAGAAAACACAGGUCAAUCAUUUAACAAGCGGUAGGUUAGAAAUAAAACAAUUAAAUCAAUA